UGAUAAAAGCUGUUCCGUUCAUUCACGAUCAACGUCACCAUGGCAACAAAGACUUCUCACGUGAGUUUUCUCAGCUGCUGUGGAGUCGGAUGUCACGAGAGGGGGCGUGAUUUAUAAUCGUUUCUUCAUAACAAAGUAAAUAAACGUGUUUUAAACAGUCACGUGAACAUUCCACGUGACAUCCUCUCUGUCCGCGCGCCAGCUGUGCAAUAAAGUUGUUUUGAAAGUUUCCUCUGUUGCCAGGACACGGGUACGCCCCGUCCCCGACUCGUUGCUAGGAUACAGACGCAGACAAACGGCACCGUCAAAUCGGACCAUGGAGAUUGUGCACGUGUACACGAAGCUCCGCGCGCACUUCGGCCGUCAGUGUGUGUUCACGGACCGGCCCGCGGACCUGCUGGUGGACGUUCAGCCGGAGCCCAGCGUCACGGAGAGAUUCAUCCUCCGCAGACCCCGAGAGGGGGCGCUGCAGGUGUGCAGGGACAUGUCCGAGCACCAGGUGAACACGGAACGUUUCGAGUCCAGCAGUUGUGGACUGAACCAUGUGGAGGGAGGGUGGCCUAAAGACAUCAACCCCGCCGAGAUGGAACAAACCAUUCGCUUCAGGAAGAAGGUGGAGAAGGACGAGGGCUACAUCAACAGCAUCCUGCAGCUGGGCAGCGUGAUGGAGCACUGCAGCAGACAGAACAACAGCACAGACCUUUACCAGGACUACUUUGAGGACGAGGACCAAGAGGACGAGAGUCAGGAGACCACGUUCGCCAAAACCAUCAACGUCUUCAGAGAUCCCAAUGAGGUCAAACGUAUGGUCACCGGUCUGUCCUGGCACCCGGACAGCGGCAGAAAGCUGGCCGCCGCCUACUCCUGCCUGGAGUUCCAGAGAAGCAGCAAAGACGUGAGCGUGGACUCGUAUAUCUGGGACAUUGAGAACCCGAACAGACCAGAGAUGGCGCUGAAGCCGACGUCUCCACUCGUCUGUCUGGACUAUAAUCCCAAAGACUCGCACACUCUCGUGGGAGGAAGCUACAACGGACAGAUCGCGUACUGGGACACCCGGAGAGGAGGCCACCCGGUGGAGUUUUCCUCUGUGGAGCAGAGUCACAGAGACCCAGUCUACAAAAUCAUCUGGCUUCAGUCCAAGACUGGGACAGACGCGUUCUCUGCGUCCACCGACGGACAGGUUCUGUGGUGGGACAUCCGUAAGAUGAGUGAGCCCACAGAGCGUCUGGUUCUGGACCUGGGCAGGGAGGGGAACCUGGACCGAGCUUUAGGAGCCAUCUCUCUGGAGUUUGAAGCCACGAUGCCGACUAAGUUGAUGGUGGGGACAGAGCAGGGCGUGGUCGUCUCCUGUAACAGGAAAGCAAAGACUCCGGCCGAGAAGAUCGUCUGUACGUACGACGGUCACCAUGGACCCGUCUACGCCCUGCAGAGGAACCCAUUCUUCCCCAAAAACUUCCUGACUGUGGGGGACUGGACCGCCCGGAUCUGGUCUGAGGACAUCAAGGAGUCGUCCAUAAUGUGGACCAAAUAUCAGAUGUCCUUCCUGAUGGAUGCCUGCUGGAGUCCAGUCCGACCGUCCGUCUUCUUCACGGUGAAGAUGGACGGCGUGUUGGACGCCUGGGACGUCCUGCUGAAACAGAACGACCCGGUGCUGAGUGUCAAGGUGUGUGACGAGGCUCUGUUCAGUCUCAGCGUUCACCAUCACGGACGCUUGGUGGCGUGCGGUUCUCAGCAGGGUGGAGCCACGCUGCUGGAGGUGUGUCCCGGUCUGUCCACUGUCCAGAAGAACGAGAAGAGUCUGCUGGCUGCGAUGUUUGAGCGUGAGACGAAGCGUGAGAAGAUCCUGGAGGCUCGACAGAAGGAGCUCCGCCUUAAGGAGAGGAGUCGCUCGGCACAGAGCCGAGAGGAGGAGGUCACAGGUCGGGAGGAGGGGGAGGAGACUCCCGAUCAGCUGAUCCUCAACGCUGAGAACAACUUCUUCAACAUGGUGGAGGCGGAGCUAAGGAGGAGGAGGGAGAGGGAGGAGAAAGAAAACCAGGAAAAAGACGUUUGUGAAGAAAAAGAAGUGAAAGACGACCGAGAAACUUCAGAGUUUUAAUGUGGAACAAAACCUGGAUCUGGUGCAGUUUUCACGCUUGAUCAAGAUUUUUUUUUAAAAACUUCAAAUGUCCAACUUUAUUGACAGUUUCAGUUUUAGUGUCUUAAUCUUUUUCUUCUGAAUCAAAAUCUAAUUUGUUAACAUUUUGAAUUUUAACUUAUGGAAUAAAGUAAAAUAUAUAUAUAUAUAUAUAUAUAUAUACAUACAGUACAUACAUAUGUACAUGAAUAACAACGUCAUCACAAUUAUUUAUGUGUCACACCUCUCUGUAUAAUCUUUUAUUUUCUCUUUUACUUUUUAAUGAUUAUAUUUUUUCUCAGUAUCAUGUUUUUUAUUUGUUAUUUUAAUAUUGUUCUAUUUGCUGUGAUGCUGUUGUUUACCUUUGACUAACUCUAACCCAUGUGCCUGGAAGUUUAUGCACAAAUGCAAAUAAAAACCAUGACGUCAGAGCGAUGACGUCACAACGAAA